AUGCAGGAGAACUACCAGACGGUGACCUCGCUGGGAUUCCUCCUUCUCAAACCUGACCUGAUCACCCAGCUGGAACGAGGGGAAGAGCCGUGGGUGCCCAAUCUCCAGGCCAGUGAGGAAAGAGGGAUCCCAGGAGGCGCCCACACAGGAGUUUCUUUCCCAACUUUCCUUCUCUGUGAAUGUUUGGGUGGGAAGUGGAGGCAGAAUCCAAUUUCUCCUUCUGUGCAGCUUAGUAUGUUGGGUUUUCCCUCGGUGAUAUUCCUCUUAAUUUCUCCCCAGCACAAUGACUUCUGUCUGGAUUGUCUCUCUCCCAGCAGUUGA